UGGCACGCCACCGCCCACGGGCCCAGCACAAUCAACGCUGUCAGAUUCUGGUGGAAGAGACGACAAAAGACCGUUGUGGAAACGGAUGGCAGCUGCUGCGAGUGCAAACGGGAGUAUAACCGGAACCGGUGGAAGUAGUACGAGUGGAAAUGAGCGAGCAGACCAGACUAGGUCAUACAAAGCAGCUGUGUUCUAUAAACGCGCGCAAGAGUUGGCGCGUGGCUAUUACGGCCACCCCCAACCAGGAAAUUAUCCUAAUCAGCAGUUUAUUCCUCCGCAACAAAACGUAUACCCUCAAUACACACAACUACAAUACCAGCAACAACCAUCGCCAGUGUUUGCAGGCCCUCCUGGCCAUGCGGCUGGUGGCUACUUCUCAGCAUCUCCUACUGUCCCAGCUCAACACGCUGUGGCUAAUUAUGGGCAGUUGCCUCCUACACCUCAUCAACAACCCCCAAUUGCACAACCACCACUAGGAGAUACUAGCAAGAGACCUCUUCCAACGCCGAUCUCUCGGUCAAGACCUGCAAGCCAAGUCUAUCCAUCUACCCAAGCCUUACCAACCUUCGGUAAUCAACCACCUGUCAGCUCAGGGUUCAUUCCACCCACAAACCAUCAACGAAAUUUCUCUGUUGACACUGUUCCUACCGCGUAUAACGCGUAUGGAGGCGCGUUCAACCAGCCUAAUCCGAUUCCGCAACCCAAUGGAUUCACCCCUCGUCCUAUGAGCAUGCAUGGAAUGCCUACAAACUGGAACGUGUAUCCAGCUGGGGCAAAUCCAAUGCCUAGCGCCUUCAACGUUCCUCAAGUAGGAACCUCUGCACCUGUGCUCCCUGCUCAACAGCAAGGUCUAGGUCGAUCAAACGUACCGUCACCUUCCAUAGUCAUUCCGAACAUCCCACAAACCAGCACAGCUGGAGCUCCUGUUUCACCUGGUCAGCCAGGUGCGGAUGGAAAGCGCCCUUUACCCACACGACCACCUGGGCAGAGUCAGCCUACGACUCCCAAUGAGAUCCCUCCUCCACUUCCUUCCAAGAGUCCAAAUCAGGCACCAGUCAGCUCAGGUAAAAGGGCGCUACCAGCCUCUCCCUCUUUACCACUCGUCCCACCAACCUCAGCUGCACGACCCGCUGCUGUGGGACCUUCAGGAAGUCAGUCCCUCCCAACCCUUGCUACCUCUCCGGUUCCAAAUACAUCUCCUCCCCCGGCCACAAAUGAUUCCACAAGUUUUUCAAGUCCAACCAAGCGGGCUCUGCCAACAGCACCUGGAGGAGGGGGAAUCACACCUGGUCGUUCCUUCACUUUACCGCAACCAGGCACUUCUUCAUUACCUCAACAGCCGCCUGCGACAAUGGGGCAGCCCCAGUCAUUCAAGGUUGUGACCCUGCCUAGUUCUUCUAUGGAUGCCCCAACACUUCCCCCUUCUUCGACACGCUCGGCACCGACUCCCACCCCCGCUGACAUCCCGAGUUCCACACCAUCCUCGUACGCAUCUGCACGAUCAACCUUCACUUCUAGUAUCAGUGGCACGCCACCGCCCACGGGCCCAGCACAAUCAACGCUGUCAGAUUCUG